CCGCUCUACAUGCGCCGGAGGACUGUAACUCUGUGAUUGCGCCAAAAGCGCGGGAAGCUUGCAGUUGUCGUUCGAUCGCCUUCCCUUCGCCGCUGACUGAGAAGGGGCGCCAUGGCUGGCAGGCGAGGGGCGCUGAUCGUGCUGGAGGGGGUGGACCGAGCUGGCAAAAGCACGCAGACCAGAAAGCUGGUGGAGGGCCUGCUGGCAGGGGGACACCGGGCCGAACUCCUUCGGUUUCCCGACAGAACUACAGAAAUCGGACGACUGAUAAGUUCCUAUUUGGAAAAGAAGAACAAUUUGGAGGACCAUACAGUGCAUCUGCUAUUUUCUGCUAAUCGCUGGGAGCAAGUGCCAUUGAUUAAAGAGAAGUUAAACCAAGGUAUCACUCUGGUAGUGGACAGAUACGCGUUUUCUGGAGUAGCCUUCACAGGUGCUAAAGAGAACUUCUCCUUGGAAUGGUGUAAGCAACCUGAUGUUGGGCUUCCAAAGCCAGACUUGAUCCUUUUUCUUCAGUUGAGCCUGUCUGAAGCAUCCAAACGAGGAGACUUUGGAAAUGAACGAUAUGAGUACAGCUCUUUUCAGGAGAAAGUUCUGCAACGCUUCUACCAUUUGAUGGAAGAUAAGACUUUAAACUGGAAGGUGAUUGAUGCUUCAAAGAGCAUAGAAGACUUGCAUAAUGAAAUAAAAUCGUUUGCAGAGGAGGUCAUGCGAGAAGCUCAGUACAAACCCAUAGGAGAACUGUGGAACUAGGACUGGAGUAUAUCAUCUCCUAGGCGUCACUUCUCACGUAGCCAAAAUCUGCACCGUUCACCUUCAAGCCACACUGUAUUUAUAUUAUCAAAUAGGAUUUGUUAGACUUGCUCUUGAUGCAGCUCUCUUCUUUCUGUUUCGGGUGGCGUUUUAUAAGAGACUGGUCUGGCAGCUCUGUCGGGACUUGGACUGGAGUAGAUGCUUGAAAGAAGCAUUAGACAAAGGUCUUUUUGUCCUGCCAAGAGAGACUUAAUACUUCAGCUGUAUAGUAGCUGUUGUUUUCCAGAGUCAUAAUUUUAAAACAGUUUUUCUUUUCGUAAUGAGGGGGAAGAAGUUUACUAAUAAAUCUCAGAUUUUCACCUAA